AUGUUAUCUCGCGCCGCCCACAGAAAACAUGCCUUUUAUUCCCUACAGAGGUCCUGCAAACAACUGACCUUACCUUGGCUAUAUCCAGCACUUGCAAGAUGCGAAUCUGCAUCUGCCAGGACCCCUUCGAUCGGGCCUCCGUCCAAAACAUCGUUUCCCGUCCCACCGCCUCGUGUCACCGCAUUACAAUCUUUCCGUGCUUUCGCAACUGCGACCUCAGAUGUUUAUGUACCGUUCGAAGGCCUUGAAUCAUACCACAAACUUGAGCCAUAUAAUAAACUUGGUUCGGAAACCUCGUUCACAACGCCGCUCCAAACACCUCUGCCCUUCUCAGAUCCCUCAGACCCAACCGAACAGGAUGCAUCUCCGCUUAUCGUUAUCAGAGACUACUUGGCAACGAGGCCAAAGGCUUUACGCAGAGAGAAAAGCAUUGGGGGCGAUACCAAUGAGAUGCUUGCAAAUUUAGACGUUAGCUUGACCGUUGGCAUGUUCGACCGCGCCGCUCAGCUCGUUCAUCGCCUAUCCACUCUAUACCCUCAUGGCUCCCCCGAGAUUGUCGACCUGCAUAAUAAGUAUAUACGAAUGAUGGUAUCGCAUAUGAUUUUGAAUCGUCGACCAUCUUUGGUAUGGGACGUACAAAAGUGGUUCGAAGUUCAAAUGUUACAGCUGGCCAAAGUGGAACCAGAUGCUACCACAUAUGCCUUGAUGUUAAGGAUGACUCUGCGCAUGCUGCUUGGUCCAAGACGGGAUCGUUCAGUUCGUCGAUACUGGAAAAUGGCGAAGGAAGCCAAUGUGGAAGAAGAAGUGUUAGGCCUUCCAGUCCUUUCCGAAGCAGACCUUGGCCUUCUAUCAGAAAUAUGUUCCUCGGACUUCCAAGGGGCGGCUCUUGGUGAUGUCAGCGAGUUACCAGACUCGACUCCACCCAAGCCUUCAGAGCUAGUUUCUCCGCUAGAAGAUCUACCUGCGAUGCCUGAGGUUAGGGCUACGUUGCAAAAGGGUUUUGGACUCACCUCUCUAAAGGAAACGCUGUCGCUAUUUAAUCAAUCUAAAACCACCACGGAACCCGAAGCGGUAAGCUCGGAGUCCAUCCGAGAAAGGCAACUUCGCUUAGAGCAGGAUUCUGUCAUCGCGGCUAUGGAGCGCUGGCGGAAGGAGAGCGCGCAGCGAAACUCUAGGCCCUCGAACCCCACCGGAGGCGACAAACUCGGAGGUGUGUUGUGGGAUUGGCACCAAAGCCUUCUCACGAGUAUUGAAGGAGAGAUUCAGUCCAUUCUCAAAGCCCAAGAGAAAAAACGAAAAACAUCAGAAGACAAUGAUCGAUGCGAAUAUGCUCCUUUCAUGAAUUCCAUUGGCCCGGAUAGGCUUGCUGCCAUUACAAUCCUGGCAACAAUGAACGCUUUGGGCAAGACUGGAAUGAAUAAGGGAAUACGACUGACUCGGCUCAUCAUGCUUUUGGGAAGGGCUGUCCAGGAGGAAUAUGUAACUGAUCGGAUCCAGGAAACCCCCUCUAAAUCUGCGCCGCUCGACAGCGGCAGACGUGCAAAAUUGGUGCAAGACCUUAUACCAUCGAAUCGUGGUAGGAAGGGAGUCCGGGAGUCUUUGAUUGAAAAAUAUAAUGAAAUUCACGAGCCCAUCAAGUGGAGUGCGGCGGUGGAAGCUAAAAUUGGAUCUCUUUUAGCAUCGAUGCUCUUCUCUUCGACGAAAGUUGUUGUUAAACAACAGAACACCGAGACGGGCGAGAUCACGUUCGUUAAACAGCCUGCCUUUCGCCACGUCUACCAACUAGAAAAAGGGCACAGUGUCGGAUUUGUCCAUAUACAUGAUAGCGUUGUGGACAGAUUUCGAAGGGAACCUGCGAGUUCAUUACUUGCGAAACAUUUACCAAUGGUGUCCCCCCCACAGCCUUGGACUUCAUACCGUUACGGUGGCUUCCUAAACCAACCGACAAUCAUUAUGCGGGCCCGAUCAAAUGACUCUCAGUGUUUGCAAAGGCAAUAUGUCAGAGCUGCCGCGAGUCGUGGUGACUUAGACGAGAUUUUUGCAGGGUUAAAUGUUCUAGGAAAGACUGGUUGGCGGAUCAAUAAACCAGUAUUCGAUGUGAUGCUCGAAGCCUGGAACUCUGGUGACGAGCUGGCCGAUAUCGCUCCCGUGGACCCAAAUCUUCCAGAACCUACGAAACCUGAAACCGACGAUCCGGUGCAGCUCCGGGCGUAUUAUCGUUCCAAGACUCUCGUUGAUAAUAAACGGUCUGGAUUGCACUCUCAAAGAUGUUUCCAAAACCUCCAACUGGAGAUUGCACGCGCGUACGUCGGUGAGACGUUUUACCUACCCCAUAAUAUGGAUUUCCGUGGCAGGGCGUAUCCGCUACCUCCCUAUUUCAACCAGAUGGGUCCAGACAUGUGUCGUGGACUGCUGCUCUUCAGCAAAGGCAGAGAGUUAGGUGAACGUGGCUUGAGGUGGCUUAAAAUUCACAUUGCCAACGUCUAUGGGUAUGAUAAAGCCAGCUUCGACGAGCGGGCUCAGUUUGCCAUGGACCAUUUGGAUGAUGUGAUUGAUUCUGCAGAGAAAGGGUUAAACGGACGACGGUGGUGGCUUGAAGCUUCUGACCCUUUCCAGUGCCUGGCAGCUUGUAUCGAACUUAAAAAUGCACUUGCUUGCCCUGAUCCCACCAAAUACAUAUCUCAUUUGCCCAUUCACCAGGAUGGUUCUUGUAACGGGCUACAGCACUACGCCGCUCUUGGCGGCGACAUUAUCGGUGCCCGCCAGGUGAACCUCGAACCGUCCGAUCGUCCAUCAGAUAUCUACUCGGCUGUGGCGGACCACGUUCGUCAAUCCAUCGCUCAAGAGGCCGCUGCCGGUAACCAGCUUGCAAAAAUACUUGAGGACAAGGUCAACCGAAAGAUUGUCAAGCAGACGGUGAUGACAAAUGUGUAUGGCGUUACUUUCCUUGGGGCUAUAAGACAGGUCCAGAAGCAGCUAAAUGCAUUCUUCCCCGAGUUGAGUGAGCGGAACGUUGUUGGAAAGUGUGCCACUUACAUCACACGAAAGAUUUUUGCCGCCUUGAGCUCAAUGUUUACCGGUGCCCACGAGAUUCAGUUUUGGCUUGGUGAUUGCGCCAACCGAAUAACCCAAUCUUUGGGCCCCGAACAGAUCGAGGCUCUCGAGGCAGCUAGGCACGUUCCUAUUUCUGGUACCAGUAAGGCCAAGAAGAAAGCCAUCAUAGAUGACUUGUCAAAAAGAUUCCUAUCCACAGUCAUUUGGACUACUCCAUUGAAGCUGCCGGUUGUCCAGCCGUACCGAGAAGCUAAAACUCGCCGUGUUGUUACUACUCUCCAGACCCUCAGUAUCAAAGAUCCUCACUCUUCGGAUGUUGUCAAUCGACGCAAGCAACUUCAAGCAUUUCCACCUAACUUUAUUCAUUCUUUAGAUGCCACUCACAUGAUGCUUUCGGCAAUUAAAUGUGAUGAGCUGGGCCUCUCCUUCUCCGCAGUGCACGAUUCAUUCUGGACACACGCUGGUGACAUUGAUACCAUGAACCGGGUCUUGCGCGAUGCUUUUGUUCGCAUGCAUUCCGAGGAUAUUGUUGGAAGACUAGCUUCGGAAUUUAAAGCUCGAUAUUCGAAACACGUGUAUCUUGCUAAACUGCGACCAAAAUCUACAGUAGCGCAAAAGAUUUCUGCAUGGCGCAAACAGAACGGAAAGGGGAAAUCAAGAGAACAUCAAACUGAUGAGCUUCUGCUCGAAUACAAGCGCCUUCAACUACUUCGGUCGACCGACGAGCUGGAAAGAAUAAAGGGCGAAGCAAUGGUUACUCCUGGGAGCAUCUUCGCAAGCUGUCAAAAUGCGGAAGAAUCUCUGGUCUCUGUCCAAUCUCUCGGUGUUGCUGCUAUGGGACACAUCUCACCAGAAGACGAAGCAGCGAGUGUCGAUUCUAUGCUCGAUGCGGAGGAGGACUCGAAUUCCUCCAGCGAAAUGUUUACGGCGGAUGACCCUCUUGACACGGCUGCGGAAGGCCCAGAAGAACCUAGUUUUAAAUCCGAGAGAAAGAAGACUUCCGCGGCUGUCUGGGUUUGGCUGCCGGUGACAUUCCGUCCCAUUCCUUCAAAGGGCGAAUUCGAUGUUAAGAGGCUCAAAAACAGUCAAUACUUCUUCUCUUAG